AUGGAUAAUAAGUGUAGCUUAUUCAGAACGCACUACACACACAUAUAUACACACACCAUAUACUUUGAUGUCUGUCUCUUACAGAUGUGGCUGAUUCACACAUUCCAAUGUAUUGAAUCAGGCAUCUUGUUUGCCAUGGCAAUGGACCGUUAUGUGGCAAUAUGUGAUCCUCUAAGACAUGCAUCCAUUUUUACCCAGCAACUCCUCACUCAAAUAGGAGUAGGAGUCACACUCAGAACAGCCCUGUUUGUAGCUCCAUGUCUCUUUCUCAUCAAAUGCAGGUUGAAAUUCUACUGGACCACUGUUGUUUCUCAUUCAUACUGUGAGCACAUGGCUAUUAUGAAGCUGGCAGCAGAAGAUNUUCAUGUCAACAAGAUCUAUGGUCUGUUUGUGGCCUUCAGUAUACUUGGACGAGACAUAAUUUUUAUCACACUCUCCUACGUUAGAAUAUUUAUAACUGUCUUCAAGCUCCCUCAAAAGGAAGCAAGACUCAAAGAUUUUAACACAUGCGUUGCCCAUAUUUGUGUCUUCAUGGAGUUUUACCUUCUGGCCUUCUUCUNCUUUUUUACACAUAGGUUUGGCUACCAUGUUCCAUCUUACAUUCACAUUCUCCUGUCCAACCUUUAUCUACUUGUCCCUCCUUUGCUCAAUCCUAUGGUUUAUGGCGUGAAGACCAAACAGAUUCGAGAUCAAGUGUCCAAAAUUUUGUAUUGUAAUUAUUUUAAUUGA